AAAUUGUGUUUCAGCCCCUUAUCGGCGAUGACUGAAACUAAUCAAUUCAGCACGAAUGAAACAAACCAAGACACAAUGAAACCAAGCAAAUAUAAAAAACAAGAAUUUAAAAUUGAUGUGGACAUGGACAAAAAUUCUUAUGGUCCGUUGAAGACAACUGAUAGACUACUUCCAAUAGCAAACAUUUCCAAGAUCAUGAAAGGCCCUAUACCAAGAAGCGCGAAGAUAGCAAAAGACGCAAAGGAACUAAUGCAGAAGAGUGCCAGCGAGUUUAUAGCAAUUGUUACGUGCAUGGCCAAAGAGAUAUGCGAAAGCGAGAACAGGAAAACCAUAACAGGGGACGAUCUGAUACGGUCUAUGAAGCAGCUUGGGAUGUAUUAUUACGCGGAGAUCACCAAGAAGUACUUUAUGAGGUAUAAAGAUGGCGGAAAGGCGUUUAAAAAUAAAAGUUACACCGAAAAAGAUUUUGGUGAGCCCCAUCCCCAUUUUAGUAACGAAUAUAGACACCUGCAAUAAUUCGUGCGCCAUGCAUUGUAAAUACGAUUGUCAAUAUAAUUAAAAUGAAUAUCGAGGAAAAAGUUUAGAAUUGGUUGGUUACAUCGCUUGAUGAACGGGAAGAUAGAGCUGCACCGUUUGAACGUGUGAUAUAUUGGUGGGUGUUUGCUGUGUGAUCAAUUAUUUUCUUGUGAAUGCCGUGUUAUACCCUGUUAAUAUUUCUGCUUGCCUUUGUUGUGGGUUACAUCUCCGGUAGGAAGUCUAAAAUAAUUAAACUCACCGCCAAUGACUCGGUUAACAAUUUAAGUUGCUUUCCGAGAUUCUGCGCUUCCCGAACGAGCAAAAGCAGUAUUUUGUAUAGCGGUGUUCCAAGCCUUGUUUAUUGAUUUGUGAAAAUAAGGGCCGGCUCAGUAGAAAGGAUCAUUUUUACCGUUUGAUGCAAUAUCUGAUUCAAUCAGCACCACCUUUGGUCACUGAGGUGCUAAGACGUGUUAUUUUAGGAAAGUAGCUUUUAUAAGAAAAAAGCGAACGUAACUUCGGUUCAAGCGUUCAAUAGGCCUUGGAUGACCAAAAUACGACAUAAACACAAUUAUAUGAUUUAUUUUGAGCUGUGCAGAAAAAUAUAACCACAAAAAUGUGGAGAACACGUAAAAUACAACGAGAAGAGAAAGUUUUUAUCCCAUGAUGCGAAUCGAAGAUACAC